GCAUUUUAUGACAUGCUCUCGAGUCUCGUUGAGUCGUUGUCAGUUUACCAUGAUUUACUGACAAAGAAGCUUUUGCGACCCAAGUGUGUGUGAAUACCCGGUGUACGAGCAGGUGGCCGCACUGUCAUGAUCACCGAUAUGAGCCCAGGCGAUGUUAUACUAAUAGCACUGGACCGGCGGAGCCAUAUGUAAAUAUUAUAAAUUUGGGACUUUUAAAUCAUCAAGUUCAAGUCUAGAGUAAUUGGAGUUAUUGGGAACACGAAGACCCAAUUCAGCUGUUUGCCGGAGACGGUUUUCGACUCUAGUGGUAGUGAGCUUGCUACUGAUUUUCAGCGUAGCACUCAAUGACCACGAUUAUGGAACAGAGAAUUCUCCAGAAAGGAGUCUGGUUGAAUUAGGUUUCGUCGCGACUAAUUUGCCAUGUCCAGUGAGAGAACCCCCUUGCUGGACAGCAAUAAGCAAUCGCCAGGAAACCUAAUCGAUUCGGACUCUGUGGGUGGUGAGAGGAUAUACAUCUGCAAAGUAUGCAGCAAGCGUGGAAUGAUUCCCAACAACUUCAAUGGCAGAGUCGUCAAGUGUCUAAAUUGUGGAGAAGGCACGCCAAUUUGCUUGCCUCCUUCCGGCAAGAAGUAUGUCCGGUGCGUUUGCCAUUGCCUCCUGGUGUGUUCCACGACAGCCCUGUUUCUUAGAUGUCCUCGACGAACAUGCCAACGUAUAGUGGAAGUAUCUCCUGAUCAGCAGGGUGAGCAGCGGCAAAAACCCACUGGUGUCCCUAUGCAACGACCUGCUUCUCAGGCAGGUAGCCGGCCUGUACAUCAGCAAAAUACCUAUAUAUGCCCGCACUGCAAGCAUCUCUUUGAUUGGCCCUCGGGCCAGGCAUCUGCAAAGUGUACGUUUUGUACGGACUGGUGUGUUCUUGAUAGCACAUGGCCCCUUCGCCGCUCUGUGUUUUGCUACUUAUUCGCUGGAGUGUGUCUGCUGGCAACUGCUGCUAUUGCGGCUACCACAUAUUCAUACUUGGAUGGUGAAGAAGAGAUCAUUGCUGCAUGGAUAGCUGGUGCCAUUCUUGCACUUGUUGCCUUUUUCAGUGGACUGCGCUACACAUACCUGAGACGAUAUGUCGCUGCUCCCUUGCCAUGCACGUAGCGACAAGUACUUGCUUUGCUCACGCUGCGCCGCUAGUGAAGUUAGUCAUCUUCUGUAGUUGCUGGAUAUGCAUUCUUAGGCUGACGUGCCUUCCAUCGCCUCUAGUUCUAGAACGGGCCACCCGUGGCCAUUGCUACAUUGCGCACGGACUUGCAUGCCACUGGCCUUGCUGCGUACUGGCAUGUCGCUUCACUCGUCCCACGGCACACCUCACUCUUGUCUCCAUGGCUGAUGGUAUGGUAAGAACUGGCUUGUCCGUCGCCCGUCCGCCUACCCGAUCAGCUGAGACGUUUAGCUCCCCCCCCCCCCCCCCCCCCGCUCUUAUAAAGAGCAAACUAGCAGGUCCUAGACACCUGUGCGCAUCACGAUUUGCCAGUCAAAGUGACUGUGUCAUGUUUUUUCCGUCCCUUAUCAAACAUAUUCUAUUUUUUCUAUAUUCUUGUAUCCUAGGUACCGGUCCGUUCUUAGCCUCUUUUGUGUCCCGUUAUGAAAAUAGACACUGCUCUGGUAUAUUGGAUUUGAUUUUUUUUAAUGCUAUACAUGACUAUUUAAUUCACAGCGUGAAUGCUGGCAUCCUGCACGCCCCCUCUACUGCCACCAAAUUCCUGCUAUUUCGCAUGCACUGCUUACUGCUUACUGAUGCUGUAUCGCCACCGGCUAAUGGCUACGACUCACGCUGGGUGCAUUUUGCAUUUUGCGCACGCUUUCACAUCUACGACAUGACUUCUUGAACUCUCUUUUUAACCAGCCUUAUGAGGGAUGUCUUGUCCCAACUUGAGUUUCGAAUGUGUCUUCUUUUUUUUAUAGUUAUUUCUUCUUUGAGACACAAUAGUAUCUGCCAAUUCUGUCUGUUUAGUAUGGCUUGCCUCUGGGCUUGGCAUGUUUCAUUUUGCCCCCUUGCAUAAUAAAAAUAUUAUAUCCUUUCUGUAGCGGGUGCACUGUGCGCUUAUCAAUGAUUUUUUCUCAACUGUCUUCUUGGUUCUUCUUUAA